GUGUUUUACUCCUACGAACGAGGCUUCACCAUUGCAGCGAUAGAAGUUGCGACCAUCAUGCUUCUGGAGGUCUCAUAUGGCUGGUCUUCUGAGCUCUGUGGGGUGGCCUUCAUCGUCAUUGCGGGUGGGAGUAUUUUCAUGACAGUGGUCGCCGCCCUUGCCAUUUCCAU